AUGGCUGCGCCAGAGGAAGCUGCUGCGUCACCCAGCAAACGGCCGUUGUCAGACGUGGUCGACGACGAAAAUGGCGCAGGCUCAUCAUCCGACGAUGACUUUGGUCCCGCACUGCCGGCUGCAGCUGCGCCGAAGAAAAAACGCCGAAAGCUUGCCUUCGAGAAGGUCUACGUGAAUGCGCUCCCCAUGUCGCCGCGCUACUCCAAGUCUCUCAUGCACAGGGAACAACUGGCGUAUGUGGACUUCACGCCUUCCACAGACUUCCUGAUCACAAGCUCGAUUGAUGGCGUCGUCAAGUUCUGGAAAAAGAUGGCUGUUGGGGUGGAAUUCGUGAAGGAGUUUCGCGCGCACGCUGGCGAGAUUACGAGUACGUCUGUCAGUGCGGAUGGGAGGAGCUUUGCGACAGUAGGGACCGAUAAGACGAUCAAGAUUUUCGAUGUGAUUACGUUUGAUUUGCUUGCCAUGAUCAACUUGGAAUUCUCCCCGCGCUGCGUCUGCUGGGUCCAUCGACGAGGCGCGUCUCUCCCUCUCUUAGCCGUCACCGACGAGGCUAGCUCUACGAUAUCAAUAUUCGACGGCCGUGGAGAAAACACAGCGCCCUUACAUAAACUAUCAUCAAUUCAUAGAAAGCCUGUCGUGGCGAUCGCAUUCAACAACGCAUUCGACUGUGUCGUAUCUGCCGACGAAGCCGGGAUGAUUGAAUACUGGCAGCCAUCCGACGACUUUUCCAAGCCAGAUAACGUAUUUGAACUGAAAUCAUCAACAAGUCUAUUCGAAUUUCGAAAAAAUAAAUCUGUCCCUUCAUCUAUCACUAUUUCUCCGUCAGGUCACCAGUUUGCGACAUUUUCAUUCCCAGACCGCCAAGUGCGGAUCUUCGACUUUCAGUCUGGAAAAUUGUAUAGAACAUAUGAUGAGUCGCUGAAUACAAUCACUGAUAUGCAGCAAGCCGGCACGGCCCUGGAAAGACUGGAGGAAGUCGAAUUCGGGCGGCGAAUGGCCGUAGAGCGCGAGCUUGAGAAUCCCGCAACCAAGCCAAAAGUGAAAGUCGCAUUCGACGAGUCUGGCCAUUUCAUUCUCUAUGGCUCUCUGCACGGCAUCAAGUGUAUCAACACCUUCACCAACCGCGUCGUCCGCGUAUUUGGCAAAGACGAGCCCUUCCGCGCCUUAGAUUUGACUAUGUAUCAAGGCCAGCCGCAGAAAAAGGGCGUCGUGACCGUCAGCAUGGCAGCAAGUGCCAACCCUCUCCUCCAAGAAGCCGAAGAGCGCGACCCGAUACUCGUCUCGACCGGGUUCGGCAAAGUGCGCUUCUAUAUGUUCACUAACGAGACCGAAGUCUCGAAAUCAAUGCGUGACAUCCAAAAUGAAAAGCCGCGUGACAGCGACAUCUCAGCUCAAGAGUCGAAACAGAAACAAAUUCAAUCGGGGACCUCUGCCAUCUUGCACACGACAAUGGGCGACAUUCAUCUCCGUCUCUUCCCUCAACUCGCGCCUCUCGCAGUCGAGAAUUUUGUUACCCACGCCCGCCAGGGGUACUACAACAACACCAUCUUCCACCGCGUCAUCCGCAAAUUCAUGAUCCAAGGCGGCGAUCCGCUCGGCGACGGGACGGGCGGUGAGAGUAUCUGGGGUGGAGAAUUCCAAGACGAAAUCUCGCCGAAUAUCAAACACGAUAAACCGUACACGCUGAGCAUGGCGAAUGCAGGACCAAACAGUAAUGGCUCGCAGUUCUUUAUUACGACGGAGAAGACGCCGUGGUUGGAUGGGAAACAUACAAUAUUUGGCAGGGCGGUGCAGGGAUUGGAUGUUGUGCAUCGUAUUGAGAAUGUCAAGGUGAAGAAGGAGCGGCCGGAGGAGGACGUGAAGAUUGUUAGUAUUAGCGUACCAUGA